AUGGAUACAGGAAACCAAACAAGUGUCCUGGAAUUCCUCCUCUUGGGCCUCUCGGAAGAUCCAGAGCUGCAGCCCCUCCUAUUUGGGCUGUUCUUGUCGAUGUACUUUAUCUCUAUGGUUGGGAACCUACUCAUCAUCCUGGCUAUUACCUCUGACUCCUAUCUCCACACCCCCAUGUACUUUUUCCUGUCCCACCUGUCUUUUUCUGUUAUUUGUGUCAACUGCACCAUAGUUCCCAAAAUGCUGGUAAACAUCCAGACAGUGAGCAAAGCCAUCACCUAUGCAGGCUGCAUCACCCAGAUGUAUUUUUCUUCAGUUUUUUCAUGUUUGGACAAUCUCCUCCUGACUGUGAUGGCUUAUGACCGCUUUGUGGCCAUCUGUCAUCCGCUGCACUACAGGAGCAUGAUGAACCCGCACCUCUGUGACUUGCUGGCUCUAUUCUCUUGGUCCCUCAGUGUCCUUGUCGCCCUCCUCCAGAGUCUGAUGCUGCUGCAUCUCUCAUUCUGCACACACACAGAAAUUCUGCACUUCUUUUGUGAAUUGGCUGAGUUGCUUAAGUCUGCCUGCUCUGAUGCUCUCACCAAUUACAUUGCCUUAUACUCUGCAGCUGGCCUGCUGGGUAUUCCUCCGCUGACUGGGAUCCUUUUCUCUUACUCUAGGAUUAUUUCCUCCAUAUUGAAAAUGUCCUCAGUGGAGGGGAGGUACAAAGCAUUUUCCACCUGUGGGUCUCACCUAACAGUCAUUUCCUUAUUCUAUGGGACAGGAUUAGGCGUGUGCCUCAGUUCUGCCUUCUCCUCCUCCUCCUCAAGGGCAGUGGCCUCAGUGAUGUACACCGUGGUCAUCCCCAUGCUGAACCCCUUCAUCUACAGCCUGAGGAACAGGGACAUGCAGGGGGCCCUGAGGAAAUUUGUCAGCAGGUCUUUCUUCCCCUGUGAAUGGCUAUGGAUGCUGCGACUGGGGAGUUAA